GCCGGGGGGAGCCGUAUCUCCCGGCGUCUUUGUCUGGGGGGUGCUAACGAGGCUUGAUGCUGCUUUAGGGCUUCGCACCCGCCGGACAUGAGAAGCUGGCCAGGCCCCGCACGAGCUUCGCGGACGCCACGGCUGGGACCCAACCUGGCCCGGCGGCACACGCGGCCUGGGGGUCCCUGACGCCCGCCCCGGUGGGAGAGCCAUGCCCCCGCACACCUGGGAUCUCUGGCAGGAGGAGACCUGAAGGGCCAAGAUGUAACCGCACUCCCCGACGCCGCCGGGACCCAGAGCGGGGCGCGUCUCUGCCCUCCCCGACCCCAUCAUAGACCGCCCCGGAUGCCUCGGAGCCGCCCCACCAGCCAUGGCCAACGGUGUGGGGCCGGGGCUCCCGGACGGGAUGUACCCGUCGUCUCUGCACAGCUCGGUGAGCGAAGCCAGCACCGCCACCCGCUACCUGCUCAGCAAGCACAGCCGCCUGGCCAACGGGCACGCGCGGGGCCUGCGCGCCAGCUCGCCCAUGGGCCGCGUCAUCCUCAUCAACUCGCCCAUCGAAGCCAACAGCGACGAGAGCGACAUAAUUAAUGCCAUCACGGUGGAGAAGAGCACGGAUGGGAAGCUGGGGUUCAGCGUGCGCGGCGGCUCUGAGCACGGCCUGGGCAUCUUCGUUAGCAAGGUCGAGGACGGCAGCGCAGCCGAGCUGGCGGGGCUGUGCGUCGGGGACAAGAUCACGGAGGUGAACAGCAUCAGCCUGGAGAGCAUCACCAUGGGCAGCGCCGUCAAGGUGCUGACGGGCAACAACCGACUGCGCAUGGUGGUGCGGCGCAUGGGCAAGGUGCCCGGCAUCAAGUUCUCCAAGGAGAAGACGGCCUGGGUGGACGUGGUGAACCGGCGCCUGAUCGUGGAGCGCAGCGGGUCGACGCCGUCCGACAGCAGCUCAGAGGACGGGCUGCGGCGCAUCGUGCACCUGUACACCACCUCCGACGACUACUGCCUGGGCUUCAACAUCCGCGGCGGCCGCGAGUUCGGCCUGGGCAUCUACGUCUCCAAGGUGGACCCCGGCGGGCUGGCGGAGCAGAACGGCAUCCGCGUGGGAGACCAAGUCCUUGCAGCCAACGGAGUCAAGUUCGAAGACAUCAGCCAUAGCAAGGCAGUGGAAGUGCUAAAGGGGCAGACGCACAUCAUGCUCACCAUCAGGGAGACCGGGCGCUUCCCCGCCUACAAGGAGAUGGUGGCCGAGUACUGCUGGCUCAACAGAUUGGCCAACGGGCAGCUGCAGCAGCUGUCCCAGGCCUCGGAGACCAGCUCCUCCGUCUCGUCCUACUCCUCGGGCACGGCCUUCGGCGCCCUCAACGGGCUGGCGGCGCCCGGCCACGUGGACGUGGGCAUCUCCACGGAGGACGGGCCGCAGCGGAGCCGGCGGCGCGAGCGGGAGUGGGCCGAGACGGCCAUCCAGACGGACCCGCCGGGCGCCGAGACGUGGCGCACGGUGCGGCCCCCGGAGCUGCUGCGGGACACGGCCAUCCGGGCCGAGGCCGCCCGCGAGCCCUUCCUGGCCCGGAGGCGCCGGCCCGGCCACGGCCCGGCGGACUCGCCCAAGACGGCCCUGCUGCUGGCGCUCGGCCGGCCCCGCCAGCCCAUCAAGCGCUCCCAGAGUUACCUCACCGUCUGCGAGGAGAAGAGGAAGAAGGAGAAGCCGGCGGGGCCGGGGGAGAAGCCGGGGCUGCAGCGCUCCAAGACGCUGGUCAACCUCUUCCUGCGCGGCGGCUGGGCGGGCCGGCAGAGCUGGACGCUGGGCGACGAGGAGCCGGGGGCGCGGGCCCGGUCCCCGGGGCACGAGCCCAACAGAGCCAGCCCCGUGCAGAAAUCCGUGAGCCGGAGCCUGAAACGGGGCAGAGGCCCCCGCGCCAGCGUCCUGAGCGCCCCCAGCCCACAGAGCACGGGCGCCGAGGCCGAGAGCCGCCUGCUCCUCAUCCGCGACAUGGCCACCAAGCUGCUCGGCGAAGACGAGGUGGCCGCUGUGCUGCGCCACUGCACCCAGUACGUCCACGAGGGCUGCGUGGAGGACCUGGUGCGGCCACUUCUGGCCAUCCUGGACCGGCCUGAGAAGCUUCUCCUCCUGCGGGACGUCAGGAGCGUGGUCGCCCCCACCGACCUGGGCCGUUUCGACAGCAUGGUGAUGCCGCUGGAGCUGGAGGCUUACGACGCCCUGAAGAGCAGAACAGUGAGGUCACCCGCGCUCCGCCCGGCGCAGCACGACGUGCCCCCGCGCCGACACCUCAUCACGCCCGUGCCUGACUCCCGGGGUGGCUUCCUGCUGCGGUCGCUGGACCCGCUGGAGGCGGAGGCGGCGGCACUGUCAGCGGGGCUGGAGCGGCUGCGGCUGGCCCCCGAGCGGCGUCGGCCCCACAGCCGCACCUACACACCGCUGCCCGACGUGCCCGUGGACGCCUACGCCACCCCCAGUGCCCCGGCCGAGCCGCCCGGGGCCCCCCGCGCCCGCCCCAACUGGCUGCUCACCGAGGCCCCCCCCACCCCAGCACCAGGCGGGGGCCCGGAGCAAGGCGACGGGCGCCCGGGCAAGGGCCGGCCACGGACAGCCCGCUCCAGCCGUGGCCGGGCCACGGGGACGCCCGCCAGUGCGGAGCCCGGCCGGGACGCGCAGUACUCGGUAGUGAGCAAGGCUCGCCGCACGCGGCCCCCACUAGCCCGGCUGUUCGCCGACGGCAAAGGGGGCCUGGAGCCGGCCCACAACGGCCCCAGCGAGGCGCCGGAGCCCCAGUACGAGCUGCGCACCGUCCGCGUCUCCAAACGCAAGCAGUCGCUGGGGAUCAGCAUCUCGGGCGGGAUCGAGUCCAAGCUGCAGCCGAUGGUGAAGAUCGAGAAGAUCUUCCCCGGGGGCGCAGCCUUCUUGAGCGGAGGCCUGCAGGCCGGCUACGAGGUGGUGUCGGUGGACGGCGAGAGCCUGCAGAACGUGACGCACGGGCGCGCCGUGGACAUCAUCCGCCAGGCCUACCGCAACAAGGCGCGCGACCCCAUGCAGCUCGUGGUGAAGGUGCCCAAGGAGCCCGGGGACUGAAGGGCCGGGGGGGCCCGUCUCCCCCGGCCCCGAACCGCGAGGCAACGGCCCGGAGCCGGCUCGACCGGAGCGUGGCCCAGGCAACAAGGGGUCGAAGGCCAGGACCGUGCGUCCACCGUGCCGGAGGACCGAGCGUGUUCCCAGCUCGUUGCGGCGAGUUGUGCCCGUUCUCAGACGCAGCGGGGGCCCGCAACAGCAGGCAGGGGCGCAGCGCCCCCCACGUGCUACGGAGACGACCCCAGAGAAGCGAGGAUAAAAGCCCUACUACUGCUGCAGUAGACUGAGCCACGUCGAGGCUGCCGUCUUCCUCGAGCCCAGCCGGACGGGGGUGCCAGGGCUGCCCCCCCCCACCCCACCCCGUCAACUCACGACACCGCUCGGGGUACAAACACAGCGGGUUUAUUGGCGCCCUCAGUCUGUACAAACGCGGAUGCGGUCGGGAAUAAAUGUACAAAACCCCA